GAUUGGAUACUUGACAGAUACUAUAUUUUUAUCAAUAUGGAGAAGCUACGACUUAUGAAAGAUAAUCGCUCCGAAAUAAUUGUCGGUGGGAAGUACAGAAUAAUUCGUAAAAUAGGUAGUGGAUCCUUUGGAGACAUAUAUCUGGGAAUGAGUAUACAAAGUGGAGAAGAAGUUGCCGUAAAAAUGGAAAGUGCAAACGCAAGACAUCCACAACUUUUAUAUGAAGCUAAACUAUAUCGUAUUCUUACUGGCGGAGUUGGUAUUCCCAGAAUUCGAUAUCAUGGAAAAGAAAAAAAUUUUAAUACUUUAGUUAUGGAUCUUCUCGGACCAUCUCUCGAAGAUUUGUUCAAUUUUUGCACACGUCAUUUUACCAUUAAAACGGUGCUUAUGCUAGUGGAUCAAAUGAUUGGCCGCCUUGAAUAUAUCCAUUUAAAGUGCUUUAUUCAUAGAGAUAUCAAGCCUGAUAACUUUCUUAUGGGUAUCGGACGUCAUUGCAAUAAGUUAUUUUUGAUUGAUUUCGGUUUAGCCAAAAAAUAUCGCGAUCCCGUUACCCGCAUUCACAUUACUUAUCGUGAAGACAAAAACUUAACGGGAACAGCACGUUAUGCAUCAAUAAACGCACAUUUAGGAAUAGAGCAGUCUAGACGCGAUGACAUGGAAUCGCUGGGUUAUGUUAUGAUGUAUUUUAAUCGCGGUGUUCUUCCUUGGCAAGGCAUGAAAGCAAAUAAUAAGCAACAAAAAUAUGAAAAAAUUUCAGAAAAGAAAAUGUCCACACCAAUCGAAACUCUUUGCAAAGGAUUUCCCGCAGAGUUUUCUAUGUAUCUUAAUUACUGCCGCAGUUUGCGAUUCGAAGAACAGCCUGAUUAUAUGUAUCUAAGACAGCUUUUCAG